CGUCACAUGUUCCUAACGUCAAAUGCUUUUAAUUUUGACAUUGACGGUUAACAUACUUCAUUCCUGUAUUCGGAUUACAGUGUUAUGGUUUUUAAUAAAUUUUACAGAUCCAGUUAGAAUGGUUUACAAUUUAGGAUCUCUAAUUUGAAUUUUAUUUGAAGCUUUUGUUAUGUGUGAAUAUAUGAAGAAAUAAUUACGUCAAAAUGUUGAGUCGUUUUUCGGACGUGCUACAAACUGCGGCGGACGUUCUGGCACCUCCAGCCACACGGUUGGAGGAUUUUGAAUAUCAUUGGAAGAUGAUACUGAAUUUUUACCAAAAUUAUGACGAGAACAACAAACUGCAUGUUGAGGAGACCAGGAUACCGCAUCACCUGCACCAAAUGUUACAGUUGAUAGUGGACGAAGAGAAAGAACAGCAAGGUGGCACAGUGGGGCCAUGCAUGGAGGCUAUAGUCCAACGAUCUAUAUGUUUACUGGACGCCCUCUGCGCAUUGGCGGCGGCCGAGCGUCCCCCCGGCGCACGCGCACUCGCCCUCACUACCGGCACCGCACUCCUGCGCAGGACGAGGCAGCCCUGUGUUAACAGCGCGCAUGUUUAUAGGCCACUGCAGCGAAUGUUAAUCCAAUGCAACGAGAAUCCAGCGUCACCGACAGAGAAGGAAGAAGUGGAACUUUUGCUUACCCUUUGUGGUUUAGUGCGUAAAGAGCCAGGGCUAGCCAAUAUCUUCACGACACCCUUCGUUGAGGACAAGUCCACUUUACUUAGUAUACCUGAAGAUAUUCAGAAGUUAAUACCUAUUAGGAGUAAGAUACAAACACCAAAGAAGAAUCCACUAUUCGAAGUAGAGUUACCCCCGAAUCCUUUAAGAAAUGUAUCGAUAAUUCGAACAGGAAAAGAAGAUAACGCCACAUGUAGUAGUUCAGCUGAUGACAACGCUUCGUGCAGAAGCCAGAAGACAGUCUACGAUGAUAAUGACAAAUUCCUGCUUAUUGAUCUGCUGUUAUCCUAUUUGAAUAGUGCCGACAACCAAGUAGUUCUUCGUGCGUGCGAAGGUAUAAUGAUCGUGUCAUCACUGCCAGAAGAUGACAUAGCCAAUUUAGUGACAAGCUGCAGUCCUGCCUGCGAAACCAUCGUUCACAAGCUCGCUUCCAAGUACAAGAGCAUACCAGCUAACGUAGACCCCAGCGAUGUCGACCAUCUCAAUAUUACUUGGGCAUAUGUCGCCCAAGACUUUGGUGAUAAAUCGUACAGCAAGUUCCAUGGAUACAGAGAGCUGACUAGUUUCUUCUCUUGGUUGGACUACUGUGAUACUUUAAUGAAGGAAUGUCACCCGACUAUAGCGAGCCAUUUGUCCCGUACGUUCCGGCUGAACUUCCUAGAGGGCGCUGCGGAGUCUGGGCUCACGGACCUGCACCACGCCGUCCUCGUCACCGCCAUAGUCGCCAAGUGUCUCAAGGUCAUCGACUCCCCGGAUCUUAUCAAUGAGUUCUCGAAUUGGCUGGUGGGGGAAGGAGAGGUAUCAGAGUGGCCUCUCCUCCUGGCCCUCGUCAACAACUGCCUCACCGACAACCACGAUCUCACACUGGAAACACUACGCUUCUUCGAAACGAUUAUAGAGAAAGGCACAGAGCACAGUAUACACCGCGUAGUGCUGGCUCGGGUCAUAUCCCGCGGGUACUGCGCCCCUCCGCCCGCAUUUGACGACGACGAGAGGGACAGACUCAACGACAUGUCUAUUGGACGCGAGCGGGAGUAUAACAGGGAAGCGAUGAAACAGUUACAACACGAAGACCACGUGAACGAGCAGAUCACGGACAUACUGGUGCACGAAGGCCUGGAGCCCGGUCUGCGCCCCGAGCAUGACAACAUACACCGAGUUAUAAACAGUUUCCUGUUGCUUCUGCCGCGGGCCAUACUCUCCGACCCCGUGGGCGCCGACUACGAACAUUAUAUACACGAUGCCCAUAGACGUUAUCAGUACUGGUUAGACGCGACCUCAACGUUCAACUGGCCAGCGGACUACAACGGCGUAGAUACCACGGCCAGCUCAACACACAGCUACGACAGUCGACCUGAAGCCGAUAUACACCUAGACGAGGCCUUCGAGCCACUCAAACUCGAGCAAAAAGACCCCAAACAAUUCUCACAAAGACUUGUCCUAAGAUCCAGAGACCUUACCUCGCAAAAUUCCCAAACGGAGGAGGAAUUCGAUGAGGGACCCUUCUUCAAAAUGAUUUUCAAACUCCUAGCCAACAUGCCCUCCCAGCCUUACCAAGUUAAUUUACACCUUACGUCCAUAAUCUCCCAGUUAGCGUUAUUGCCACAUCCAAACUUGCACGAGUAUCUGCUUAACCCCAUGUUGCCUACCGCUAAGAAAACGCCGACGUUGUUCAAAACUCUCCAAGAGGUGGCGCGGCGGUUGACUAUGGAGAUACCGAGGUUAAGGAAUUUUAAGAAGAUCAUUGAGAAUACUCGGCUUUGGCUCAUGAGUGAGGAUCCUAGUUAUGAUGAAAAUGCCGACCAUAACCAGCUAGUAGAAAGCCUGAUAGUGCUGGAAGAGUUCUGCAAGGAGCUGGCAGCUAUAGCAUUCGUCAAGUAUCAACAUUCGUUGCAUAUGCAAAGGUAAGCUUCAAGUCUAUACGCAAACUGGUUGUAAGCUUGCGUAGUUCCCUUCGUAAACGUAAUGAGGAUAGACCUGCUUGGUGGGCGAUUCCGAACUGUUUUAAAUAUUUCCCCCGACCAAGAUUUAUAAUGCACAGCAAUUUCAUCUACUC